AUGUCAGCCUCCGAAGAGAGUGGGGCGGGCUCAGACUUUGAGCCAGAACGGGACCAAGAUGACUCUCCAGAUACUUCCCCUCAAAGACCGGUGCAACCUCCGAGACUAAAUACGCCACCUUCUCGAAAUUACCCAAAGCGAGGUCGGCCAAAGAAGGGGGCAAUGGCAGAACCGGAAACACCAGAGUCUCCUAGACGUUCUCAUGCAUCUCAGGACCAAGAUGCAUCACCAGCAGCUACAAACAAGGACGUACCACCGUCGCCAGCAAACUCGCAACCUAUCCACGCCGCGUUGCAACAACCUCCACCUGGGUUCAUCUUGCCAGCAGUCGGCCCAGGCGGUAUCCCAAUCAUCUUACCUACAGCACAAAACGGAACGCUGAGUGGCAACGAACGGGCGCACCUGUAUACACUCCUGAAGCAGUUGCCUAUUGGCUUCCCGGCGAGAGCUGAUGGACAAUCGGGUACCACCCCUGCCGCCCUCCCGUUUCCGUUCCCCAUGCACCCUGGUCUCCUCGCAGCCGCUAAUAUAGCAGAUGGCCCUCUUCCAUCUGCCCAUGAUGCAGAGGCCCCUCCUGAAGGCGAUUCGCCAGGCCGCGGCAGCACCUUUGGAUCCCCACACAAACCACGCCCCGAGCCAGGGUCGUCUGAAUGGGCACGGCAACGUAAAGACAAUCACAAGGAAGUCGAGCGACGGCGACGCGGAAACAUCAACGAAGGGAUCAACGAGCUCGCACGCCUCAUCCCUGCUGGACACGGAGAAAAGGCCAAAGGCGCAGUUCUUCAACGAGCGGUGGCGUACGUCAAAGAUCUGCAGGAGAAGGAGCAGAAGAAUAUUGAACGCUGGACGAUGGAAAAGCUGACGCAUGAGCAAGUUGUCGCCGAGUGGGCGUCGCGGUACAAGGCCACUGCGGAAGAUUUGGAAAAGGAAAAGAAGAAGACUUCGAGACUCGAAGCGGAAGUCAUAAGACUGAAAGCGCAUCUUGGCGAACGGGAGGAAGAUGAAUUGGCCGGUGAUGAAGAAGAGGAGGAUGACGAGGAGGAAAUCGACCUCGAACGACCGGCAAAGAGAAUGCGUGUGGCAUAA